AUGGCGGGCGAGCAGGGCGAGGGAAGGAAGCAGCGCCUCUUAUCUGGCAAAAGUGUUAUCCUCACCGGGAACAGAACACGAGGUCACGCUCUAACUCUCGUGAUUGAUGUGCCACUUCCUAAUAUUAGCUUCGUGAUGGUUGGCAUUGGCUCUCUAUCUGAAGUCAUCGGGGGCGGCGUGACAUCGCGUUGUCAUGGCGACGGCCGGCGAGUGCCCAAUAGCGAGGCGUUGCUGAGAGAGAGGCGGGGAGUUGCACAAAAGCGGACCGUGAUUGGUGGAAGCGACGCCGAGAGGCGGAGUCGCGCUAAGCCCCACCCUCCGGCUCGCCAGCGGCACCGUGCGGCCGCCACGCUGGAGUCCUCGCCUGCCGUUUAUCCCGCCAAGCUGGCGUCCUCCGUCGCGGACCUGCUGCGGGCGCUGCAGCCCAACAUGGCGCUUAUGAGUGGACUCGGUGGCCUUGGUUCCUUCGGCUCCCUGGGGGCUUUCUCCGCUCUUAACGCCCUCAGUGCUUCCUCGGUGAGCACGGGCGGCAGCGUGGGUGGCUCGGGCGGGCCUGUGGUGCCCACGCCGCUGGUCGCGCUGCCUUCCCUCUCCUUCACCGCCGCCCAAGUGGCCGCCGUCUGCGAGACUCUGGAGGAGAGCGGCGACAUGGAGCGCCUGGGGCGGUUCCUGUGGUCGCUGCCGGUGGCGCACCCGCACCUGCACGACUUAAACAAGCACGAGGCCGUGCUGCGCGCGCGCGCGCUCGUCGCCUUCCACGUGGGCAACUUCAGAGAGCUUUACGCCAUCCUGGAGUCGCAGCGGUUCUCGAAGCCGUCGCACGCCCGCCUGCAGGCGCUGUGGCUGGAGGCGCACUACCAGGAGGCCGAGCGCCUGCGGGGCCGCCCUCUGGGCCCCGUCGACAAGUACCGCGUCCGCAAGAAGUUCCCCUUCCCGAGGACCAUCUGGGACGGCGAGCAGAAGACGCACUGCUUCAAGGAGCGCACGAGAUCCCUUCUGCGGGAGUCCUACCUGCAGGAUCCUUACCCGAACCCGAGCAAAAAGCGGGAGCUGGCCUCCGCCACCGGCCUCACGCCCACGCAAGUCGGAAACUGGUUCAAGAACCGUCGGCAGCGCGACAGAGCCGCCGCCGCUAAGAACAGAUAACAACAACAACAACAACAAGAGAAGAAGAGGAAGGAGAAGAAGCAAAAGGUGUGUUCCCGAGGCCCCGAGUCGCCCGCUCGCUGCGGCGCUGGGAACCUCUCGAGCCCCCGGGACGCCGCGCAAACCUGA